AUGUUAAACAUAUUUAAAAAUAUUCUGGAAGCAAAAAAAGAGCUUCUAGUAUGUGUGUCCUUGUCGGUAUUAUACCUAACCUAUUAUCUAGUGGAAGUAGUCAAGAAACCAAUCCUGAUUUGCCGAAAGGGCGAAUUCCGACAGUUACUGGAGGAUCAUGUUCCUAUAUUGAAUGAAUACUAUUGGCCUACCAUAUGGUGUUUUGAAUCGCGGUUGCAGACAGUUCUUGGUUCAGUACUUCGUUCUCUGUUCCUGCCUCCAUUAAGAUUCCGACGUGAGGUGCUGCGGCUGUCGGAUGGCGGGCAGUUGGCUCUGGACUGGCUGGUGGAGGAGGAGGGUGAGGAGUGGGUAGAGGGCGGGGGGACGGCGGCGGCGGAGCGCGCCGUGCUGCUGGUGCUGCCGGGGCUGACGGGCGGCGCGCACGCGGACUACGUGCGCUGCCUGGCGGCAGCGGCGCGAACGCUGCGCGCUCGCCUCGUCGUCUACAACAACCGCGGCCUGGGCGGCCUGCCGCUCACCACGCCGCGCCUCUACUCCGCUGUCAGCUAUGAGGACGUCGCGGAGGCAGUGCACGCGGUGGCGAAGCACGGGCCCGUGCUGGCGGCCGGUGUGUCGCUGGGCGGGCUGCUGCUGGGCCGCUACCUGGCCGAGCACGGAGCCGCCGCACAAGUGCACGCCGCGCUUGUCGUCUCGUCGCCUCUUGACGUGCCGCGAGGUACAGUGUUGUGCAGUGCACACAGUGCAGCAAUAUGGUGUCCCGUGCUGCCAGGCAGUCUGCUGCUGGGCCGCUACCUGGCCGAGCACGGAGCCGCCGCACAAGUGCACGCCGCGCUUGUCGUCUCGUCGCCUCUUGACGUGCCGCGAGGUACAGGGUUGUGCAGUGCACACAGUGCAGCAAUAUGGUGUCCCGUGCCGCCAGGCAGGCUGCUGCUGGGCCGCUACCUGGCCGAGCACGGAGCCGCCGCACAAGUGCACGCCGCGCUUGUCUCGUCGCCUCUCGACGUGCUGCGAGGUACAGUGUGGUGCAUUGCACACAGUGCAGCAAUAUCGUGUCCCGUGUCGCCAGGCAGGCUGCUGCUGGGCCGCUACCUGGCUGAGCACGGAGCCGCGCCACGGUGGUCGCAGAGUAUCGAGCAGUGGGGGCUGAACGCGGCGCUGUCGUGGCACAUGGCGCGGCAGCUGCGUGGCACGGUGCGCGCGCGGCUGCCGGCGGCCGCGGAGCGUGUGCGCGGCUGCCGCUCCGUGCGCGAGUUCGACGCGGCCUUCACGGCGCCGCACUUUGGCUUCGCGUCGCCCGACGCGUACUACAGCGCCGCGUCGCUGCGUCCGCGCCUGCACUCCAUCGCGCGCCCGCUGCUGUGUCUCUGCGCUGCCGACGAUCCUUUCCAGCCCUUUGAAGCGCUGCCAGUGGCGGAGGUGAUGGCGAGCUCGAGCGUGGCGCUGUGCGUGCCGGCGCGCGGCGGACACAUCGGGUUCCUGGAGGGGCUGUGGCCGGCGCGGCCGCCGCGCACGCAGUACCUCGCGCGCCUCGCGCACCAGUACUUCGCCGCCACCGCGCUGCUGCCGCCACACGCUCCAGCGCCGGCAGCCCCCGCGUUCACUUAA